ACCUUUGUUUGGGGUCUUGGGGAAAGGCCAGGCUGGGUCGGGGCACGUGUGUUUUGCGUGCCGAGGGAAGAGGCUGGCGAGGAGGCCUCUCCUGCUGCAAAGAUGGGCAAGAAGAGCAAGAAGGAGAAGAAGGUGAAGGGGGCUGAGAAAACAGCCUCCAAGAUGGAAAAGAAAGUCUCCAAGAGGGCCAAGAAGGAGCAGGAGGAUCUUGAAGCUCUGAUAGCGGAAUUCCAGACGCUGGAUGCUAAGAAGACUCAAGUGGUUGAGACAAGCUGCCCCCCGCCCUCCCCAAGGCUCAACGCAUCUCUGUCUCCACAUCCUGAGAAAGAUGAGCUAAUCCUCUUUGGAGGUGAAUAUUUCAAUGGCAAAAAAACGUUCCUGUACAACGAGCUGUUUGUUUACAACAUUCGGAAGAACAGCUGGGCUAAACUUGACAUCCCCAACCCCCCUCCGCGCCGCUGUGCCCAUCAGGCUGUGGUGGUAGCUCAGGGUGGCGGACAGCUUUGGGUGUUUGGCGGGGAGUUUGCUUCACCAGACGGGGAGCAGUUUUACCACUACAAAGAUCUCUGGGUCUUGCAUUUGGCCAGCAAGACCUGGGAGCAAAUAAAGGCUUCUGGGGGCCCUUCGGGUCGGAGCGGACACCGCAUGGUGGUGUGCAAGAGGCAGCUGAUACUCUUCGGAGGGUUCCAUGAAAGUGCAAGAGAUUACAUCUACUACAAUGAUGUUUAUGCCUUUAACCUGGACGCAUUUGCCUGGACCAAGCUGACUCCCUCUGGGAUUGCCCCCGCUCCAAGGUCUGGUUGCCAUCUAGCUACCACUCCUGAAGGCAACAUCCUUGUCUAUGGAGGUUACUCCAAGCAGCGAAUUAAAAAAGACGUUGACAAGGGCACUCUUCAUACAGAUUUGUUCCUGUUGAAGGCGGAAAGCUCAGACAAGUGGACAUGGGCUCGGAUUAGUUCUUCAGGGGUGAAGCCGACCCCCAGGUCUGGCUUCUCGGUGGCUGUGGGCCCCAGCAACCGGUCCCUUCUUUUUGGUGGGGUCCACGAUGAGGAAGAGGAGGAGGACCUCGAAGGAGACUUCUUUAACGAUAUUUAUUUCUACGACUUGGCGAAGAACCGGUGGUUUCCUGGACAGCUAAAGGGCCCAAAGACUGAGAAGAAGAAGCGGCGUCGAGGGCCUGUGGCAAAGACUAGCUGUGAAGGUGGUGAGAGCGAGGAGCAGCUCCCUCCGGGCCCCGUGGAGAUCGUCAAGGAGGUGGUGGCGGAGGAUGGGACCAUCAUGACUAUCAAGCAGGUGAUUUCGGCCCCCGAGCUGGAGCUGCAGGAUCCUGAGUCGGAGGAUGAAGAGGAUGGCACGGGUGAUGAGGCCUCCAGCCAGCAGGUGGAGCCAUGCCCACGCUCAAACGCCAUGCUGGCAGUCAAGCACGGGGUGCUCUAUGUUUACGGAGGGAUGUUUGAGGUGGGCGACCGCCAGUUCACUCUGAACGACCUUUAUGCUAUUGACCUCCACAAGAUGGAAGAAUGGAAGGUCCUCGUGGAGAUGGACCCAAAAACUCAGGAAUGGCUUGAAGAUUCGGAGUCUGAUGACGAGGGAGAUGUGGAAGGUGCGGAGGGAGGAGAGGAGGAGGACGAGGAGGAAGAUGAAGAAGAGGACUCUGACGAUGCUGAGGGCGAGGAUGAAGCAGAGGAAGAUCACCCCGCUGUGCAGCCUGAUGAAAACUACACGGACUAUCUCUCCAGGACAGAGCAAUACUGGGUGAAACUGGCCCGCCAGAAGAUGGGCCCUGACGCCAAAGAGAAGAAGAUGGUGAAAGUGGGGCAUGCAAUGGCAAAGGCCUUCCACGAAGGGUCUGCCUAGGCGAGGUCUUGCCUGCCCCUCAAUGAGCGUUUGGACCAACUGUUGUGUAAACAUGCAAUUCUCCAUUUCCAGGGGAAACUACCACUUGGCUUUCUGCAUGUUUAGGAAUUGGCUGUAAGGGAGCAGUUUGCAGCCCCAAGGAUUAGAAGGCCACCUCUAGCCCUGCAAGCGCUUCUCUCCCUCUCCCUCAUCUGCUCCUGCUGAUUUUGUGUCAGGUUGCUGGUGCUUCGGGGCUGGAGGAUGUUCCCUUGUGAUAUUGUGAACGUAACCCUGGUUGGCACAGGAAUGCCUUCCAAGGAGGGGAGGCAGGAAGAGGAGAGGAAAUGGGAGAGGCUUGGAUGGGAGUUGGUGGAUUAGAGGGAUCAGGUGCUUAAAAGCUUGGCUAUUCUUGUUGGAAGCUUUGAGUUUCAUACUUAAAUGUUUGAGAGUUUCAGGAGGCUCCUGUUUUUCGCUCCCAUCAUCAGACCAGGAACUGGGACUUAACCAUUUCAGCAGAUUUUAUAAAUAAAGGUUCUUUUGUCUGUUA